AAUGCGGAAACGCGGUAAUCUGGGUUCUGCACGCAUCACUGGAUCAAGUGGUUCACGAUGCAGAUUUUUGUCAAAACACUUACAGGGAAGACUAUAACGCUUGAAGUUGAGCCUGCUGAUACAAUAGAAGCAGUCAAAGCCAAAAUCCAAGACAAAGAAGGUAUACCCCCAGAUCAACAGCGUCUUAUAUUCGCUGGUAAGCAACUUGAAGAUGGACGAACAUUGUCGGACUAUAAUAUACAAAAGGAGUCAACCCUUCACCUUGUCCUCCGUCUUCGUGGUGGUAUUAUUGAACCAACUUUGAGGGCUUUAGCUCAAAAGUACAAUUGUGAGAAAAUGAUUUGCCGAAAGUGUUAUGCACGCUUGCAUCCUAAGGCCACAAAUUGCCGUAAACGAAAAUGUGGACAUACUAGUAAUGUACGACCUAAGAAGAAACUCCGUUAAACCUUAUUUUAAGUGAAUACACUUUGUAUGC